AUGGCUUCCGACAAGCUCAAUGACACCAAUCUGGAGGAUGGACUGCUGACUGUCGCUUCCGAUGAGAAGAGGACCCUCAUGACGAACACACCCACGUCGCCCUCGACACAAACCCCCAGGCCCAACAGGAUGGCACGAGCCUGCCGCCUCACGGCUACCUUUGCCGUGUGCCUCUUCAUCGGCUAUGGAUUGACUUCUGCUGUCGUUCCCUCGAUGAGGUGUACAGGACACCAUGCCCACGGCGCUGCCGCUGGUCAGCCUUUGAUGUCCGAGUCGCGGAUGGAGCUGUCUCAACAGGUCGCCAAGGCCGUAAAGGCUGCAGAGCCCGAGUCUCUUCACCGCUUGGUGGAGGCGUACAUCCACGAAGAGGCCAAGGAGGGUGAGUCUGUUCAGGAAGACCUCUCGACGGCUAGGGCUCGCCUUGCCCGGCGUCAAGACAACCUGACGUCGGAUAUCCCUGCGAACCCGUCGGCGUCCGCUGGCUCUCCUUCAGCAGCACCUUCCGGUCCUGCCUCCCAGCCCACAACAUCAGGCUCACCAACUCCCUCUGUCCAGCCCUCGUCUCCUACCCAGGAUCCUGUGCCCUCGACUCCCACGACAUCGGGCACUCCUAGUGUGCCCAGCACGACUCCGGCCCCCGCUCCUUCGACGCAGCCCCAGACCACGACAACGACUUCUUCGCAGCCGGCACCGUCGCCGUCGUCAGCUGCGGUGUCGACAACCACUCAGCCGGUACCCUCUUCUUCGACCAGCACAACAGUCACCUCAGCAGCAGCUCCUACUUCAGAUUCUGGUACGUCUACGUCGCAAGAGCCUCCUGAGACUCCUUCUACAUCUUCUACUGCUCCUGUCACCACUUCUACUACUUCCUUGACUUCCAUCCUGUCCUCCCAGUCUUCAUCCACUACUAGGAGAACUACUACGACCGCCGAUGAAACCACGACUCGUGGUGAGACGACCACCAGCACCACUCGUCGCCCCACAUCAUCGAGCGCAGUGGUGACGACCCGCACCUCGACCGAGGCCGAUGGCGACAUCACUCUCGUCACUGAAACCUCGUACGUUGGUGUUGAUCCGACGCCCCAGGCCACCUCGGACUCCAACUCGGAUGACGCCGAUCUGCAGAACGCGGCACCUCGCAUGAGCAGCAGCGCCCUCGCUCUUUUCGCCGCCUUGGCUGCCGGCAUGAUGCUUCUGUAA